AUGAUCAAAAAUUGCAGAAAAAUUCACUACAAAAAGAAGAAUAAAGAGAAAGAGGCAGGAGCGACUGCAAUUACUCUAAAUACGUCAAAUAUGGGAAAACAAAGAAAUGCUGUAUUAUCAAAUAAUAGUGCAUUGACAGUGAAUAAGGAUGGAGAAAUUCUGUUGAGAAUACAUGCAAAACCAAAUGCAAGAACAACACGUAUUACUGGUACUGAUAAUUAUCAUUGA